AUGCGUGACAAGUUGGAAGACGCCGAGCAGAAGGUUGCAGAAUUCCAAGACGAGUUGGAUGAUCGAGAAGAACGCCUGGAAGAAAUUACGAUCUUGAAAUCAGCUCUCUUGAAGCUCAAAACGGCCCGCCAUGCAGAGCAAGAGAAGCAUCGGCGUCAACUGGCUGCAUUGUCAGACAAGUUGGACUUAGUGAUUGCGUCUUCCCAGGACGCUAAUGCUCAAGCAAAACUACAGAUCGAAGAUGCACAAGCUCACUUUUCCGCCCGCCAGUCCACGAUCAUGCGGGAGUUAGCGAUGGCCCAGCGAGACAGGGGUGCGAUCAAGGUCGAACGCGAUCGCUUUGCAGUCCGGAUUUCCGGUCUGAUGGUCCAACGCGAUCGGCUCAACCGAAAUCUUGCCGAUCGGGACGUCGACUGUAGCCAGUUAGUGAAAAAGCUGGACGAUUUAAAGGCUGAACGUGAUCAAGCGCUUCAGUCGAAAUACUUCCUGUUCACUCGCAUGGCUGAACUGAAUUGUUCACUUCGACGCAAGCGGUCGCCCCCUGCCUCCAAGUCCGAAAAGCCUAAAACCAAGCGUUAUCGUCGUGCCAAAUCGUCGCCGGGUAAAUCGAUGCUGUCUGAACCAUCGGUUUCCCGACCGCUAUCGUCGGAGCAGUCGGAGGCGAGCGAUAGUGCAGAGUCUCCACCUCGAUCGGCUUCCCCUAACCCGUUUGGUUCUCGAUCUUUGUCGUCCGAGGGAUCGGAGUUUGUCGACCACAAUAAAUCUUCUUCUGCGGAGACUGUGAUUCACUUUUGGCGGCGCUAUCGUCAUCUCACCCUGCCGUCCGACGUAGAGCUACGUAGCCUUUCAGGAAACCGUCGCCGAUCAACAUCGAUGUUCCCAGUCCAGAACCCCAAUCUUCUAAUACCGCCAAGUGAGUAUCCAUGA